CAAAACAAUUGAACUCAAAACUUGAUCUUGACUCUUUUCUUUUCUUUUUGUUACUGCAAAUCUCUCUAUACUCAACCUCAUAGUAGUGAGACUGGUUAAAAAUGCCGUUCCCCUUCAUUCUCCCAACGACUUCGGCUUUCUCAUUCUCAUCAAGCUUCAGCUCCGAGUCUCAUCCUUCACUGCCCCUCAACGCCAGCACAUAUCGCGGGGUAGUUCGAGAUGCCCUGAAAAAGCACAAGAGACUUCCUCCAAGCUCUCAGGUCUCGAAUCUAAACACGGUUAUUUCCAGCGUCAAUGGCUACAUCCCAUACCUACUAGCAGUGGACGACGGUCUAAGUAACAAGGGUCUGGCUAUCGUCACGCAAAAGACGCCCCCGGCUAUCGAAUGGAGACCAACUUUAUCUGGCGAAGUCGUCCCAGGACGGGAGAGAGCCAGAGUCAGGAUUUCGUCUUUGGAACAUGAAAUUGCCUUUGUACUUUCAACUCUGGGCUUCUCUCAUGUUCUGACGGCUCGAUCUGCCUUACAACCGCUUUAUUCAACUAGUAGCGAGUUUCUCGGGGCACAGGAGCGAAACAAUGCAGUCACAGCCGCAACCAAAUGUCUCCUCGAAGCUGCUUCCGUGUAUGAUUAUCUCGCAGGUCGAAUUGAGCAUGCUACAGCUACCCCUCCAUGUCCUGAUGUUGCUCCUGGGACAGCUCGAGCCUUGUGCUCUCUAGCAUUGGCCGAAGCUACAUUACUAGCAGUUCUUAAAGACGAUCCGUAUCCAGCAAUAGUCGCCCAGGACCGUAACAAGAACGACAAGGAAUGGAUGUUCAAGGCUCCUGAAAUUCCAAAAGUUCGCGCCCAUCUUUAUGCCCGACUGUGUUUAGCAGCCUCAGAACAUGCAGCCAAAGCAUCAUCGCUAUGCAGCACAGCAGGUUCUGGUUCGCAUAAGAUCAAUAGUGCCCUUCUGAAGUAUCUAGAAGAUCUUCGCCGAACAUGUCGAGCUCGCGCUUGUCGUUUCUUUGGAAUCGAUGCCGAGAUAGGUGGCCAGGUUGCAGAUGGCAUUGGAUGGGUUCGUGCAGGCUUAUCAGAGCUAGGUGUUGAGAUCAAAGACAACAACAAGAAGGGACUAAGCUUCAGUCGAUUAAAGAAAGAUUUCACAGAAAAGCGCGAGGAUCGACGUGUGGAUAAGGAGUCUGCUUGGGGAAGUGAUGCUGGUAAGAUGGAGGAGAUUCGAGUACUGGAGAUGCUCGAUGCCAAGUGGAACAAAGUUAACGAUACGAUGAACACACAAGCAAUACCGCCCAUCAACACACUUCUCAGCAAGAUGCCGUCAGGGCGAGAGAUUCACACACUCAAACCCUAUGAAGUGCCCUCGCUGGACAGGGACAUCCUCGAAGCCAUGCGCGCACCACCUGAGGAUGACGAUACAUAUGUCGAUGACCUAAGCUCAGAUGACGAUGUCAAGGGUGGACCCUCAGCACCAGUUGGUGCGUUCCCAGGAACGGUAGAUGAUUAUUCACGAAGUCCAAGCACGCCAGGCAAUGCAUACUACUAAUACUGGGAAAUCUUUAGGUAGUUUCAGAGUAGAACGUGUCGUAUAACUAGAUUAAUGACAAUCUCGAAUGCCUAGGAAAGGAUAUCAUCCUGAAAGAUACAGUUUCCGAUGUCGAACACUUCCAUCGUUCCAUCGCCAAACUCUUUCCAUCUCAAGCUAAAUCAGGAUGACUAGCCACCCGUUUACAGAGUCGAGGUAGUGGCGGACUCAGGGGCUGGUGUGGUGAAAGUGGUUGGGGUGAUGGUAGGUGUACUAAUUGGGGUGCUAGGAGUGCAUGGCGGUGGUGUAGGAUACAGCUGAGGAGAGCAAAUAGGAUAGCAUCUGAUAAAUUAGCAACUUUAAUGUUCUAAGUUUGUAUAUAUUUGGAGUUGGAAUAACUUACGCUCCGUACAUGACAC